AUGAAGUUGACAGCUGCUCGCGGAUUUUUACAGAUUUCCGUUAGGAACAAGGCUUGGUGGAGCCAGGUAGCUAUGGGACCUCCAGAUGCUAUUCUUGGUGUUACUGAGGCCUUCAAGGCUGAUUCUAACCCCAAGAAGAUGAAUUUGGGAGUAGGAGCUUAUCGUGAUGACCAAGGAAAACCAUUCGUUCUUCCAUCUGUUCGCGAAGCUGAACAAAGAAUAGUAGCUGAGAAACUGGACAAAGAAUACGCUGGAAUCGCUGGAAUAGCAGAUUUCACCAAUCAUGCUGCCAAGCUGGCUCUUGGAGCAGAUUCGGAGGUUAUAAAGUCUAAGAGAUUUACAACAAUGCAAACUAUUUCUGGAACUGGUGCUCUCAGAGUGGGAGCUGAGUUCAUUUCCAAGUUCCUUCCAAGCAAGGUGAUUUACCAACCCACCCCAACAUGGGGAAACCAUGUCCCAGUCUUCAAAUUUUCUGGUGUUGAAGUUAAGAAUUAUCGCUAUUAUGACAAAUCAACUUGUGGAUUUGACGAAGCUGGUGCACUUGCCGACAUCGCCUCAAUCCCCAAGGGCUCCGCUAUCUUGCUCCAUGCUUGUGCUCAUAACCCAACUGGAGUAGAUCCAAGCAAGGAACAAUGGAAGAAAAUCUCCGAAAUUUGCAAGAAAAAUGAACUUUUCGUUUUCUUCGACAUGGCUUACCAAGGUUUCGCAUCUGGAAAUGUCGAUGGUGACGCCUUCGCCGUUAGGUACUUCAUUGAACAAGGACACAACAUCGCCUUAGCUCAAUCCUUCGCCAAGAAUAUGGGUCUUUAUGGUGAAAGAGUCGGAGCAUUCUCCAUCAUUGCUAAAGACAGCGAUGAAGCUGCCCGUGUUGCUUCUCAAUUAAAAAUUCUGAUUCGUCCAAUGUACUCUAACCCUCCAGUUCACGGAGCCAGAAUUGCUUCUAAAAUUCUUAAUGACCCCGCACUCCAGCAGCAAUGGUUGGUCGACGUUAAGGGAAUGGCUGACCGUAUUAUCACCAUGAGAUCACAAUUGAAGGAUCUCUUGGCCAAGGAAGGAUCCACCCGUAACUGGGAGCACAUCACAAACCAAAUUGGAAUGUUCUGUUUCACCGGAAUCUCUCCUGAUCAAGUUGAAAAGCUGACCAAGAACCAUUCUGUAUAUCUGACCAAAGACGGACGUAUAUCUGUUGCUGGAAUUUCUUCAAAUAAUGUCGGAUAUCUGGCUAAGGCUUUACAUGAUGUCACCAAGUGA